GUAUGCAACUGAUUACCAUGAGCAUUACAAAGGAAUUCGCCGGAGUACGUCCGUUGCCAGCGGAACUUCAACGUAAAGCUAUUGAUGAACUGAACGAGGUGCCGGAUCGUGUCCUCUCGGAUAUUGCUGCUCUACGGGAAUGGCUGCUGAAGCAGCCGCAUCUCUGCUCCUGCCUCUCGGAUCAGUUCCUGCUGAGCUUUCUGCGUGGUAGCAAAUUCAGCUUGGAGAAGGCCAAGCACAAGAUUGAUCGGUAUUACACGCUGCAGGCUAGCAUACCUGAGGUGUUCAAUGAGCAUCGUUUAGCCGAUGAUGCUCAGGUGCUGGAAAUCAUUCGGAUGGGUGUUAUUCUAAGGAUACCCUUGGAUGUGGGCGACACCGGUCCCGCUGUGACCAUCAUUCGUGCCGGGUCUUACGACACGCAGAAGUUCAAGUUCCAGGACAUCAUUCGAGUGGGCUCCAUGUUUGGUGAGAUCAUGAUGCUGGAAGACGACAAUGCGAAUGUCAGCGGCUAUAUCGAGAUCAUGGACAUGGCAGGAGUAACCGCUGCCCACCUGUUUGCACUGCAGCCACAGCUGCUCAGCAAGUUCUCAGCCUUUGCGGAUGAGGCCAUGCCCACGCGGCAGAAGGGGAUUCACUUCAUUAAUGUGCCGACGUCGUUUGAAAGCGGUUUCAAUUCGCUGCGUGCCUUCUUUCCUGCGAAGAUUAAGAAUCGGGUUUCCGUCAGCUCCGAUCCGGAGGCGAUCUUUGAGUGCGUUAAACGCGACUAUUUGCCGCAGGAGUACGGAGGCAGCAGAGGUACUAUGCAGGACAUAAUUGGGCAAAUGGAGUCCAAAAUGCUGAGCUACCGGGAAUACUUCGAGCAAUCGCAUCUCUUUGGCAGCAACGAAAAGCUGAGGGACGAUAGUGCCGCCAAUAUAGACUGCCAGAGUUACUUCGGCCUGGAUGGCUCAUUUCGCAUGUUAGAUAUCGAUUGAUAAA